CAAACGCGUGUGCUCGUCCACGCUGCGGACUUGUGACAGCACAAAACCCGGAGGAACAGAGAGAUGGACACUGUAGUAUUCUGGUGAAAAAUAAACGAAGGAGACAGUUGGAGCUGUGGGUGAAGUUGAUCAGGAGUGAGAGGAUUUGUCAUUCCGGUGCCUUUUGGGAUUUGACAAAUCGCAGAGUUGCAUGUGCGAGUGUAUGCCCAGCAAUGGAACCCUGGCCGAUACUGGCCUGGUUCUUAAUGCUGACUUCCAUCGCUGACUGGCUAAAGACUGUGCGGUCAAGAGACUUUACAAAAAAGGACAUUAUUUUCCUUCAUCCCUCUACUACUCCAUAUCCAGGAGGAUUCAAGUGUUUUACAUGUGAGGAAGCGGCUGACAAUUUCGAAUGUAAUCGCUGGGCUCCAGAUGUGUACUGCCCACAAGAGACUAAAUACUGUUAUACACGUCAUACGCUGGACUGGGGUGGAAACACGGUGUCCGUGACGAAGCGCUGUGUCGCACUGGAGGACUGUCUCGCUACCGGCUGCACUGACAUGGACCAUGAAGGAAUCAGGGUGUGCAUUUCCUGUUGUGAGGGAAACAUCUGUAACAUGCCUCUCCCUCGGAAUGAAACGGACGCCAUCUUUGCCACCACGUCACCCCUGAAUGGCAGCAAUCGCACUGCUCUGGGUCAUACACUACUCCUGUGCUUCGUCUUCAUCCUCCUCCUCAGCCACGGCUGACUCUUUACUGUGCAGUGCGUCGUAAUGGAUGAUCGACUAACCUGGUCCUUUGCUUCAGAUAUUACAGUAAUACAAUUGUGAAAUUGCUUUAAAGUAACACACGGCCCUUCCCGUGGAUGUCGGGGUGGCAACAUGGAUAAGUAGCGGAGGUAAUGGCCAGCCUCAAAUCACCUUAUUGAUUAGGGUUUACAAACACUAGCCAUUUUAAACACCCUUGAAUUCAUGGUAUUUUAGACCGUUACACUUCUAGUAACAAAUUUCAGUGGGACCUUUUGAGCUGAAAAGAACACGAGAGUUACGAAACGGAGGAAUAAACAAUGGUUUGUGCAUUAACAAGAACGAUAACUGGGGGCUGUGGCUGGAUCAGUUUUUAGUUCAACCUCCUGCAAAUGAAGUGUCAUUUUUUUUUUCCUUUUUUUUUUUUUUUAAUCAACUGUACUACUGUUUUGUUUGCUACCUUUCCUGCGAAAGCAUUCUAUAUAUAAGAAGACAUUCUUGUCUAAAAGUAGACUUUUUGUAAGUACAUUCCUUAAUCUAAAGAUAAAGCUCAGGCUUCAUGAGCAUCAUGUAUUACCCUGUCUAAAUGUAGGCCUCUGCCUUUUGCCACACUGAGGAUAUGGAGGAAAAUCCGAGAUCAUGUUUAUGGUUAAACGGAAACAAAACUGUACAGUUUGUGUCGUGAAAUAUAAUUUAGAUGUAUAUUUAUUUCUUGUACCAUACAUUUAUGGUAGGACUCUGACACUAAAGCGCAUUACAUGUACAGUAGGUCACCGCAUGAACUGAGGAGUAUAAAAAAAAUUUUCAAUCCACAGUUUCUUUUUUACAGUGAUGAAUGUUUUUUUUUUUUUCAUGAGCAAAGAACAAGAAAAAAAAAGCCUUAAUGUGCUGCAGUUAUUUAUCAUUUUUCAUUUUGCUCUCACGUGAUGUUGUAGAACAAUUCAUCAUCAACUAUUAUAAAGCACUUGUGUACAGAUGUGUGUGUAAGAUACGCAUGCUGAGUCUUGUAGCGUUUGUGUUACAUUUCGAAUCUGUUUUUAAGCCACUGGUGGCUCGUGUGGUGUGUGUAUAUAUGGUAUAUGUGGCCCUUUCCCCUUUGUGUCUGUUUAUUUUACGGUCCCCUUCGAAAGUAUUGGAACAGCAAGGCGAGGGUUCUGUUUGUUUUUUGCUAAACACUGAAUAUAUUUGGGUUUGAGAUCAAAAGAUGCAUAUGAGGUGACAGAUCAGUAUUUCAGCUUUCAUUUCCUGAUAUUUACAUCUAGACAUGUUGAACAACUUGGAGCAUGGCACCUUUUUGUGGCAGACCACCCAAUUUUUAGGCGAGCAAAAGUAAUGUAACAGAUAGACUUAAAGUAAAUAACACAUUGUGUUUGUAGACUUCUUAUGUAUUUGUUCUGCUGCUACAAUCAUGAGUUACAUCAUUAAUAAAGAUUAGUGAGCCUGUUCCAGAAGCAGCCAUCCAAACCCAAGCCAUAACACUACCUCCACCAUGCUUGACCGAUGAGCUUCUAUGUUUUGGAUCAUGAGCAGAUCCUUUCUUUCUCCACACUUUGGCCUUUCCAUCACUUCAGUAGAGGUUAAUCUUGGUUCCAGAACUUUUGUGGCUCAUCUCUGUAUUUCUUUGCGAAUUCCAAUCUGGCUUUCUGAUUCUUACUGCUGAUGAGUGGUUUGCAUCUUGUGGUAUGGCCUCUAUAUUUCUGCACUUGAAGUCUUCUUCGAAUGGUGGAUUAUGAUGCCUUCCCCACUGCUCUGUGGAGGUUGUUGGUGAUGUCACUAGCUGUUGUUUUUGGCUUUUUCUUCACAGCUGUCACAAUGUUUGUCAUCAACUGCUGUUGUUUUCCUUGGCCGACCCAUUUUAUGUCUGGUUGCUCAGUACACCAGUGUUUCCUUUCAUUUUCAGGACAUUCCAAAUUGUAGUAUUGGAUAUGCUUGUGCAAUGGCUCUGUUAGAUUUUCCCUCUUUCCUCAGCUUCAAAAUGGCUCGCGUUUCUCCCAUAGACAGCUCCUUCGUCUUCAUGUUAGUUUAUCCUUAUUAACAACAAAUGCAGUCUUCACAGGCGAAAACUAGGGCUCAAACCAAGAGUAGAUAUUCAGAGCUAUUAAUUAUUUAAACAAUCAAUUUAACAGGCCACACCUGGGCAGCAAGAAACACCUAUCAGUCACAGGUUCCAAUAUUUUAGAUCACCUGAAAAAGUGGGAAGGUUCAAACAACAGGUGCCUUGUUCUAAGUUGAUUAACACAUCUAGCUGUAAGUAUGAGGAAAUGAAAGCUGAAAUUCUGAUCUAUCAUCUCGUUCAUGUUUUGAUCUCGAACCCAAUUGUCUUCAAUGUAUAGCAAAACAAUAGAAUUGGCCUUGCUGUUCUGAUACUUUCGGAAGGGACUGUAUCUGUGAUAGACAUUCUGCUGAAGGCUAUUAAUGUUACUGUGACAUGUUACCAGUUCGUCGCUUUAUCUGUGAAGUGUCAUGAAAAAAAAAAAAAAUGCAGUGUUUGCAACUACAGUGUUAUUGUUCGUUUUGGAUUUGAUUUGUUUAGGCAAACUGCCCAGGACUGGAAAGAAGUUGUUUCCUGUCAGAAUAUAAAUGCCAAGCAUGGAACGUUUAGUUCCAUAAACUGCAAUGCUUUUUGACUCUGUAAAACAAAGGGCAUGCUACUUACCCGUAGGUAACAGAAGGGCUAACACAAUCUCUCGUGUCUUCAGUGUCGCUCAGGUAAUCGCGUACCAUAGAAGAAGACAGUGCCAGUUACACAUUGUGCAUAAAACUGAGUGUGCCUAACAGAAAAACCCUGCUGGACCAAAAUAUUGUGUAUGAAUCACGUUCUAUGUGCUAAGUUGUACGCCAUGUUUGAUCUUUUUUUUUUUUUUUUUUUUAAAGAAGUUUGUAUUUUUUUUGUAAAUGAGUGUACAUACUUUUGAAUAUAUUAAAGGACACUAAAGGUAAAAAAUUUCCCAUCCUGUUAAAGCGUAAAGUCUCUUUGAAACCCUAUAAGUUGCCGUUACUUCAUUGAUGAAGAUCCAUAUUUUAAAGAAAAAAACAAGAAUGACUAAGAAUUAUCUUUGAAACAGAACCACUGGAAAAGCUAUUUGAUGAUCACGCAGGUCUCGUUGUCGUCCGUUGUAAUGAAAUAUUCCGCUGCUUUCUGUUCAGCCUUUCCACAUACUAAUAAUUUAUUCCAUCUACACAUUGUGGAGUGAAUAUAUUUGUCCUUUCAAGUUCUAAAGAGCUCUCCACUCUUGAGUUCAUAAAUAUAACCUCAACCAGUGAACCAGUUAACUGUGAUUCGUCAGUUCCCGGUGGUCAGAUUAUGUUGGAUAUUUUGACCUGCACUGAGAUAGAGAAAAGCCCACAGUGUGUUAGUUUAGCAGUCUGUGUCUGCGUUAUCUCUUAGUCCUUUUGGCGUGAAAGAAAACAGAGUUGCCCCAACCUCUCUUCCUGCUCUGACUUUGCAGAACAACAAUUGAGAUGAAGCCUGAGAGCAAAGGUGGUGUGCUGAAAUCAAUCAAGCUGAAAUAUUAAUGAUACCACUGCACAGUUGAAUGCUCAAAUCUCAUUGAAGAUCAGAAGAUUUAAAUUGCUAUGGUGAGAUUUUACAUACGCAUGGUGGUUAAUUUCUUCUUGUACCAGUAAUGCAAUUUUAAUUAUGUUUGGGACAAAAGGAAAAACACCCCACCUGUGAACUUUCGGUUCCUUUCAGAAGCCUAGUCAAAAUGUAGACUUAUGUUUGGACAGGUUUAAGUCUUGUUUCACGGCCCAGAAGAUUUACAGAUAUUUUUAAUUGCUUAGAUAUGUCCAACAGGAUAGAAAGGAGGAACAUGACCCGUGUUGUGCUUAAAAUCUGGGGUCAAAGGUGAAAACCUGAUGCCAAUUGUGUUACAGGUGGUCUUUGAGUUGAAAAUGAAGUCCACUUUGUUCAAUCAUGGGCUGUCGUGUUACAGUCUAACUGAGACUCGGAUCCUGGAUGUUCAACAGGUCCCUAUAUCCCCAUUUUUUUUUUUUUUUUAAUUGGAUGGUUUGUUCCUCAAAAAAAUGGCUGAUGGUUUGGAAGAAAAAUGUACAAAAUAACGCGAGUUAAUUUUUUGACGGGUUUAUACGAGUUAUCUUGUGCACAUUAUGACCAUAUUUGCAAUUAAGUGUAACCCUGAUGUGUUACAAUAAACCUGUUCAUCUUUCACUGCAAAACCAAUGAUGGUGCCUGAUCUACAUCUACAUCCAGCAACACUAAUCCUGUUUCUUAAGUCGACGUCCCCUGCCAGUCAAAGUCAAAUUUCCUCGCCUUCCAGAUGAGCAGUAACAUGAUUUUAAUGAUCUUGACCUGUUGCAUGGCUGGACUUAAUGUACCUCAUCUGGAGUCCAAAGAAUGACCCUUAUUGUUUGGCACCAUGGCUGCAUAUCCUGUUCAUUUUGGCCAUGCUGAGAUUUUAAGUACUUCUGCUGCACAGCUUCAGAAGAGAUUGACCAGAGAUGGAAACAAUCACAUGCCUUUUUUGCUGUGGGGAAAAUCUCAACCGACUGCUUUUGGGGCAAACAUAGGCGUAGUUUUGGUAUGAUACGAGUAUGGGUAUCAAACAUGCAUUGUCUAGUACUCAAUGGAAGUAACACAAAUCCGGUGGUCUUUACCAAACAGUCUACAUUUGUUUUCUUUGCGCUUAUACACCUGAUCCAAGGAAGCUGAGCCCUUUCUAAGCCGAUACAGGUGUGUGGAAAUGAACAGGGAAAUGAACAA